AAUCAUCUAUCGUCUUAAAUAAUAAAUUUCGCAGGCACACACGUUUGGAAAAAUCCGAUUAUUUUAAUUCAAAUAGAGAAACGAAUCGGUUGCUUGUUAGAUCAAAAAAGUAAAUCGAAGUACGGAGUGUUUAGGCGAACUAGCAAAGCAUCACCCGAAUAUUGUCAACAAGAAUUUUGAUCUUUCAAGUCACUGUACGUAUAAUCAUCUCUAUUUAAUUAUCGCCCCUAUUAAUUGGCGUUGUGAUUUCUUUACUGUUCGUGCUUUUAUUAUAAAAUUUUAUUGAUUAAAUUUACUAAACCCGUAUGCGUCAUGUACUUUCAUUUCCAAUUUUAGCCAUAUGGUCGAAGAACUUACUAUGCAAAAUUUCAUUUCAAUAGAGUUGUGUUGCUUGUUGAAAUUUAUGUAUAUAUUUGUUGCAUUCUAUUGCAAUUUUACGCUUGUCAAGUUGAAAGCAUCUCAAAAUUGAUUGCUUUACGGUGCUCCACACCGAAACUGCUCAUCAACAAUAGACGGCAGGUUUAUUGAUUAUUCCAUAAGACCAUUCUUCUUUCGACGCCUUAACCGUCACCUGAUUUUAUUGAUCGUUACAGAAGCAUGCUCAGCUUGGAAUUUAAGCGUCUUCACAGGAAAUAAUUUUUAGCUUAUCAAUCAAAGACAAUCAAUACUUCAACGUCUUUCAAUAGAUAACUAUUGAUAUAAAUAUAUACCGCUAUAAGAUCAGAGCUCUUUCUAUAAAAUAAUCGAAUAAAGAGAUCGAUUUUACCUUUGUUAUGUCCAUAAAACUACUAUGUUACUUUAAACUUAAAUUGUAAUAUAACGAAUAAAAGCGCAUUGUUAAUACAAUCGCUUUAUAAUUAUCGUUGAACAAAUCAAAGCGGAUAAGUUUAAAACAAAGAAAGAAUGAUCAAUUCAUUGAUUAUGAUAUUUCACUGAGAGGAAAAAAGAAAAUAUAUUCUAUUUUAAACUUUUAUUUUUCAUUUUUUUUAUAAUCUUUGAUGUAUUUAGAUAUAGAUAUAUGUAUUUAUAUCUGAUUUUUAAAUACUUGAAAGAUAGGCUCUUUACUAUGUUGAUUGUUGAUAGAAUAAGUAAUUUGAAUAUUCUUAUCAAAAUUAUCUAGAAUUGUUGAUAUAUAAACAUUUAAAGAUGGGAAAGCAACAAUAAAAACUAUCCUGAGUGACUAAACCAUUAAAAAUUGUAAUAGAUUAAUUGGAUUUACGAUGUCUAUUAAUACUAUCGAACCGAUAUUAAGCUCAGAUCUCCUCAAAAUGUGCCAAUCAAUUUGCGAUACCCAUACCUGUAUAUAAAUGUGUUUGAAAAAUUUCACUAAGCAUGUACAUAAUAAAAGACAUUACAAAUAAACAAAUAAAAUAAACUAUAAAUAAUGUAACUUUGGAAAUUUAUCAUAUUGUAACAAUCACAUCUCCAAACUAAUAGAUACUCUUUUUUAGCAGAUAACACAUUGUUAAUAAGAAUCGUUUGUGUUGUUUUUUUUUAAUAGGGACGGAAAUAACUGACUGAAAACGGAAUCUUUCAAAGAAUUUUAAGAUGAAAUUUUUUAAGGCGUCGCCUGAACGAGUAGAGCAGGACGGCGAUGCGGACCAACUUGCGAAGGAACAAGAAAUUGAUGAACCACCUAUGGAGGAGGGUAGUGCGGAAACAAGAGGCAAUUGGACAAGACAACUCGAUUUUAUGCUUUCUUGUGUCGGUUACGCCGUAGGGCUUGGAAAUUUGUGGCGAUUUCCCUAUUUGUGUAUGAGAAAUGGAGGAGGAGCCUUUCUUAUCCCUUAUUUUGGUUUCCUAUUUUUAUGUGGAGUUCCUCUAUUUUUUAUGGAAUUAUCCCUUGGGCAGUUUUCCUGCCUAUCACCAUUAGAGGUGUGGAAAAUAUCCCCUCUUUUUCGUGGGCUCGGCUGGGGUAUGGUAUUAGUAAGUGGCAUUUUGUCUAUUUACUACAAUCUGAUCAUAUCCUGGGUACUCUACUACCUAUAUAGUUCAUUUAGUAAUCCUUUGCCAUGGGCGUCAUGUGGUAAUGAGUGGAAUACACCGUAUUGCUUAGUUAGAACACACAACUCCUCUAAUAGUUCACUAGUGACCAAUUCAAGCGGGCUGAAUAUUACUCAUAAGACACCCUCUCAAGAGUUUUUUGAAAGAAAAGUAUUAAAUAUGACAGACGGUAUAGGAAAUUUGGGCGGAUUUAACACACAUCUUUUGAUAUGCUUAAUAAUCGCUUGGGUUAUAAUAUUCCUCUGCUUGUUUAAAGGGGUAAAAUCGUCUGGUAAAGUUGUCUAUGUAACGGCAAUUUGUCCAUAUAUAUUCCUUUUUAUUCUGUUGAUUCGAGGUACUUUGCUGGACGGAGCGUGGGAUGGAAUUAGAUUCUACAUUACUCCACAAUGGCAUAAGCUAAAAUCUAUGAAAGUUUGGGGUGAAGCCUGUUUACAAAUAUUCUACUCUCUAGGACCUGCUUGGGGUGGUUUAAUAACUAUGUCAUCGUACAACAAAUUUAAGAACAAUAUGUAUCAUGAUGCAUUAAUUGUUCCUGUUAUCAACUGCGGUACAUCUUUUUUUGCGGGUUUUGUUAUAUUUUCGAUUAUUGGUUUCAUGGCGAAGGAAGCAAAUCUUCCAGUAGAUAAAGUAAUUACAGAAGGACCUGGUUUGGCAUUCGUUGCAUAUCCGGAAGCCUUAACUCGAUUACCUUUUUCACCGGCUUGGGCUGUUAUGUUCUUCGUUAUGCUGCUGACCCUCGGACUCGAUUCACAAUUUGGGCAAGUGGAAACACUUGCCUCCGGUUUCGCCGAUUCGUUUCCUCAUACGCUUGGAAAACGGAAGACGUUUUUCACAGCCUUUAUUUGCCUCAUCGAGUUUCUCUUCGGUUUACCAUUGGUCACUAGAGGUGGUAUGUACAUCUUUCAGAUCCUCGAUUGGUAUUGUGCUGCUUUCAGCGUCAUGGUCAUUGCACUACUAGAGUGUAUCGUUAUAGCGUGGAUAUAUAAAGCUAGAAGAUUAUAUGAUGAAAUAGAAAUGAUGAUUGGUUAUAAGCCGUCUAUUUGGUGGAAAAUAUGCUGGCUUUGUAUAACUCCCAGUCUAAUGAUCUGGAUUUUAAUAUUUACUGCUAUUCAUUAUGCACCUCCAAAGUACGGAAAAUACAUCUUUCCUAAGUGGGCUAUAUCGCUUGGAUGGAGUAUUGCUAUGGUUUCCAUUAUACCGAUACCAAUUGUUGCCAUUUAUAAAUUUUUGAUCACCCCUGGAACUCCAUUGCAGGUCUGCUCUCUUAUCAAAUUUCAAUAUAAAAUAUAUUAAAUAGCGAUGAUCAAUUGCAAAAAGAAAUUCAUAAAUUUACGUUAGGUUCUGUACAAAUGCGUUAAAUCCAAUUGUAUAUAAUUUAGAAAUUCUUGUCUUUGAUCAGAAUUUUGUAAAGAUCCAAUCAAAUUCCGAACCACUAACGUGCCUGAAUGUCACACUAAAUAACCUUAUGAACUUGAGCCAUAAGGGGAAAAAAGGGAAAAACAUAGUUAUCCAUCAAUAUUUCCAUUUAUAAGAUGGAUAUACGAAACUUGGGUUUGACGUGACAAAAAUUACAACCAUUGUAGCAAAAACUCUUUUAUAUUCCUUCUCAAAAUAAAGCUAAAAUAAAUUUAUAUAAAGUAAAUAAAUAAUUUCUUCUAUUUUUCAGAGAAUAAAAAAGCUAAUUCGACCUGAAAAAGAUUGGGGCCCAGGACCAACCAUAUACAAGAAAACUUACAAAUAUAGAAAUGGUAUAAAUGCUGCCAACGCAAACAUAGAACUAUCGUUAACGCAGAAGCUAGAUACUCGCAAUGAAAAGUAUAUUGAUACCUGUAAUGAACAGUGUUAAUUUUCUUCAUUUUCACUUGUAAAUCUGUUAAUUAAGAGCACGUAUUUGUAUAACUGCAUUAUAUCUGCAUCGCGAGCGUUCAUUACUAGGCAUAGAUGUUAUUUUUUGUUUUGUUGAAAAUAUUAAAUUUUACAUUUACGUUAAGUAACAUAUAAACUUAAAUUUUAUGUGCUGUACAUGUAGCAUGCAUGUUACAUCUACCAAGAGUUAGUGUAUCGAAAAAAAAUAUGAAUACAAUGAAUUGUUAACAGAUAGUUUAAA